CUGGCGAUCCGUUCGGGGCGGCUGUCUGAGCACGGGUCUCUGGCCGCGUCCUCCCUCCCGGCGCUCGCCGCCCACUGGCAGCCCGAGGCGCCGCACGUCCCGGCCUUCUUCUGCCGCUCAGGCAGCAACGCGUGCGCGCAGGCGCACGCGGCGACACCCCCGUCCCCUCGCGACGACAAGCGCGGCGCCGGCGCUGCCCCCGCCGCCAGCGGCUCGCCCAAGCGCUCCCGGCUGUCCCACGGCGCCGGCGCCUCGUCCCUCACUCACACGAUGAGCUGCAGCGGCGGCCACCCCCCGGCGGCGUUUGCCGCGGCCGCCGCGUGCACCCCGCCGGCCGCGUGUGUCGAGUCCCGCACGCCCCCUCCCCUUCUGCCAGCCACGCCGGCCGACGGCGUUCCCGCCACGGCCAUUGCCGCGUCGCCGGGCGCCGCGGCGUCCGCCCCAGUCGACGGCGCCGCGACGGCAAGCGACGAGACCGCGCAGGGCGCGCACGCCUGGGCGCGCGCGCGCGCAUCCGCCGACGGCGGCGUGGCAAGCAGCGAGGACGACGGCUGCGGGGGCCUCGUGACCGUUCAGAUUCACGAGUGGUGCCCCCAGGAGGCCGCAGCUGCCGCCGCGGCCGCCGCCGCCGCCGCUGCCGCGCCCGACGGCGGCCGCGCCGUCCGCCGCGACAACAUAACCCUCGCCCUGGAGGCCUUCAACAGCGGCUGCGGCGCGGCGCCGCCGCACGACUGCGGCGAGGGCGACUUUUCGUUCGCGCCGCCCCACCACCAACAACAGCACACCCAGCAGCAGCAGCAGCAGCCCGAGGAGGCGGCACAGCUGCAGCACCCUGGCGCGCCGGAGCGCGCGCCGUGCGACGGCCGCGGCGCCUGGGCCGCCACCGCGCCGGCGGAGUGGGCGGCCGUGGGCGGCGCGUCGUGCGCGUGGCCGCGCGGCGCGGCCGCCGCGGCGCCCGCGCAUUUUGGGGAGGCAGAGAGCCCAGACGACCUGGACCUGCUCCUCUCAGAGUGCCUGACCGCCGGCCACGCUGCGCCCGGCGCCGGCGCCGACCAGGAUGGCGGCGCCGCCGCCGCCUGGCUCGCGGCGCCGGCGUUCCCUCAGCAGCCGUCGGGCUGCUACCCGCCGGCGGCGGCUUCUGCCGCGCCGCAGCACGCGUGGGGGCAGCAGAUGGCGUCCCACCAUGAGUCAGCGAUGGCACCGCAGCCGCGGCAGCCGUGGCCCGCCGCCUGGGCACCCGCUUGGGGCACCGCCGAGGCGGCCGGCGGGCUGUGA